CAAGCGAGCAAAGGAAAGCCAGAGGCAUACAGAUUAAUAUUCUUGAAGAACCGUCGAAAUUUGAACACCAACAAAAUGAAGCCUUCCUCUUACUGCGUCCUGUUCAUCAUGACUCUGCUGUCAGAGAGCUUUGUUGGCUCAAGGGCGAUGGCCACCACCAAGAUGGAAGACAGCAGCUCCGAGCAAGAUGUCCUCAACUCGUUCCAGAGUGAAGAGGCAGUGGAUAAUGGCCUAAAUCCUGCAUCACUGAAUCGCUACAUGAUGCUGGGUGUUGGCAAGACUACUAAGGGAGGGAACUUAAAGAUCAUCGUCGUUGACACUGGCAUUUCAAUGGGUGCCAGAGCUCUGGCUCGAGGACUCAAGCUUUACAACCUUCAAGAUCCAGAAGUCGCACAGACACCUGAGAACAUCCUGACACAGGAACAAAGGGGAGCAGACCAAGACCUGAGGUCCGGCAUAGCGAUCGCCAGGAGAGACACAAUGAGGUGCAUGGUGGGAAGGGUGUACCGACCUUGCUGGGAAGUGUAGGCGGACAGAAGAAUCCUCCAACCAACCAACCGUAUUCUAUGUGGUGACAUUAAGCUCAUGUCUAUUGGUGUUUGUUUUAUUGUAAGGCAUCCUGGAUCUCAUGUAAAAAUAUGUACUUAUAUCUAUAGAAAUUUAGAAUAAAAGACAAGAGAAAACGUAUCAAA